CGUCCAUGACGCGGCUUUCUUGACACUUGUGAAAGACGCCAUUUUGUAGUUAGCGGUGAAUAGGAGCGUAAAAGAAAGAUCGAGAAGCGCCACUAAAAGGUAAAAUGUAGCAAUAUAAGAUAUGUCAUUUCUAGUCUUCUUUAUUUUCAUGUAUCUGGAAUGUAAACAAUUGCUUAUUUGCUUUUGGCUUGACCGCAAACUUUGACACCGAAUCCCCUGCGUAGACUCAAGCGAGGAUCAUCUGCCAUCAUUAGCUAGCUAGGCUAGCUCGCCCGGCAUCAUAUUCUCACGACCUGUAAAAGUCGCGAGAGCAUUAUUCAGCUAACUGUUAACGUUCUGAAAUUGUGUCCGUAAGUAUUCGCUGGUCAUUGUGAUUGGACAUUUUGCAUCGUCCUAUUUUGACAGUCAUUAUGUCGAGCCGCUUACUUGUGCUAACUUGCUAACGACGUUAGCAAAAUUGACGUUAGCUAGCUGGCUAGCUACGCCUAUUUUCUGACUGCGUAACGUUAAUUUACGUCGAUUGAGAUUUGGAUCGUCCGCCGCUUAUUAACUAGCUAACCGACUUUAAACACGUCUCUAAAUGAAUGUAGUUAACCAGCCUGUGGGUUAAAUGGUAAGGUAACUUGGACGUGGUGGUCUCUACGGCCUUCUAGCUGGGUAACUAAGCUGUGCUGGGAAGCUUUAGCUAGCGUAGCUGUUGGUAUUGGAUGGUUAGAUUUGGUUUUGUAAAUUGUUGUCAGUGUCUUCAAACUAAAGCGGUCACAUGGUUAGUCACUAGCUAGUGAGUUACAAAUUAAUGUAGCUAACGAGCUAAACCCUUAUGUUAGACCCAAGUAAUUUUAAUGGACAGACAACUGAAGCAGAAUAGUGUGUGUGAGAGAGAUACAUACAUAGCUACACACAUCUUUGUGUUAUGACUGCGAGACCCAUGUCUCUGUCUUCCAUACAUUUCUAUUUUCAAACAUUGAGUUCUCCAGGAAUCGCAGUUGCUAAUUUCCCUCCUUUGUUCAGGUCCUGAUGAGGGGCUGAUCAAACAACCAGUGGAACAGGUUAACCCCAGCAUGCCUGACGUUUCAACUUUCCCUUAUGGAAAAACAUUUCUGGACUUAACAGAAAAAUGCCCACUAUUUGCCUGUCCAACCAGAAAAUUAGCCUCCUCGAUGCCCCUAGUCUUACCUCAAUAUUAAUGUGACUCACUAGCUCAGCCUUCAACUGUGCAUACAUACAUCUGAUGCAGAUAAUGGUUUUCAAAGAUUUUUCAGGACAAGAGAAAAGUCCCUCCCUCUCCCACAUUGGCAUUCUAGUGAAGGUCAUAGGGAUGAUGUGUGUUUGAUAGAUUUUUCAGCUCAAGAAUGAAUUGAAGAAAUAGGCUAUGCUACACAUAGUGUACUGUAUGUAGUAGGCUUUACAUCACAUGCCCCACCCCCUUGUCGUUUGGCCUGUCAAUUAUUAAUCCACAUUGGCUCUGCUGAAUUUUUAAUGAGCAUCUCCUUUGGUAACUGACACCUCUGUUAGAACCCCUUAACACUGACUGCCGAUGCACCCCAAAAAGACUCCGCUUCAGGCAGCCUAUAUCACAUGCAUACUGUGAUAAGUUCACUUAACUUCUCUCUGAUGACUUGUUGCUGGCCUCCCAUACCCGUCCCCCCCAUAAUUCCUGUUUCCUCAGAGGAUGAAGCAUUUUGAGCACUUCCUCUUUACUUUAGUUGAGGAACAGGAUGGACAAUCCUGAUUCAAAUGAGCUGUCAAGUCAUUGUUGUGAUGUCAUUGUUAGAAAUCUGCAAGCUAUGAGCUUUUCUAGUUCUGAAACUCCCCUCUGUGGAAUGUCUAUUGGCUAGAUUAGUUGUCACAUUCUGAAUCAAGGAAGGCACUUUGUGAAACUGACAUCUGCCAGUAUUGAUGAUGUUCAAACUCAAAUCACACCCCUCCUAGCUUUUGUUUGCCUACAGUCGUUGUAUAGUGGAUUUCAGAGCUGCCAGGGCGUGUGUCAUAUUUAAAUGGAUUUGGCAUGUUUCCACUGAAGAAUGCCAUUAUGAAUUAUGUUAAUUAGUCUACCAUUUGCCACACAAUUGUCUUGAAGGAGUCUAAUAGUAAUACUACUGUGUUGGUGUUAUCUUAUGCAUUUCAUUCACAGGCAUGUGUUAGUGGGAGGGUUUUUGCACAAGAUCAGUUGUGUAGCAAUAUUUUCCAUUAUUUUAGAAGUAAUUAUUGUCCUUUGGAGAAAGACUUGAGUGUUCAAUAGCCUAUUUGGUGUGACAGGAUCAUUGUUUCCCUGUAUCUCUCCUGGUUAAUUCAGCAGUGUCUCUGCUUACAGUUGUGUUGUUACCUGUCCCAUAUCCAGCCUCUAGUACUCUGGUUCCUCUUUCCUCUGAGCGCUGACCUAUAUUCGCCACAUCACUGGCCUCAUUGUGUGCUUUUCCUUGAGCUCAGCCUGCCUGCUCUUAUUGUUUCACCUACAACACCUGAAUGGGUUGUUUAUACUGCAGUCCCACUGUCCCCUACUCUUGUCCACUUUGUAUUAAGACUGCUUACUUGUCUCAAAUAUGAAUCUGUUUUUGUCAUAGUGUUUAGGGUACAAAUAGCCUUGAAGCGUAUUUUUCUGAAGUGAGCCUGUUUCAUCAUAGGCCGUGUCUUAAAUCACUUGAUUCUGUGAUGUGCUUGGCAACAUACUGAAUAAUGUGAAGGAUUGUUAUUGCAAUCAAUAUGCCUAAUUCAAAAUGAAUGUCGACAAUUGAUAUAUUUGUGGGUCGUUCCAUGAAAAGAGUGCCUAUUGCAUCCCUUUGAUAUUUUAAGUAGAAAUUCUGCACCAAUAUUGGAUUUUAAAAGCCUGUUAUAUUAAAUGCGGUGCCAUUUAAUAUUAUAAACCACAUGGAGAAUUCAAUCAAUCUGCCAAAGUUCCAAAAUUCAGCAGGAUUUUAAUCCAUGACGGCGUAGUGUGUUACUAAGGUUUUCUUUGAGACUGUGGUCCCAGCUCUCUUCAGGUCAUUGACCAGGUCCUGCCGUGUAGUUCUGGGCUGAUCCCUCACCUUCCUCAUGAUCGUUGAUGCCCCACGAGGUGAGAUCUUGCAUGGAGCCCCAGACCGAGGGUGAUUGCCGUCAUCUUGAACUUCUUCCAUUUUCUAAUAAUUGCGCCAACAGUUGUUGCCUUCUCACCAAGCUGCUUGCCUAUUGUCCUGUAGCCCAUCCCAGCCUUGUGCAGGUCUACAAUUUUAUCCCUGAUGUCCUUACACAGCUCUCUGGUCUUGGCCAUUGUGGAGAGGUUGGAGUCUGUUUGAUUGUGUGGACAGGUGUCUUUUAUACAGGUAACGAGUUCAAACAGGUGCAGUUAAUACAGGUAAUGAGUGGAGAAGAGGAGGGCUUCUUAAAGAAAAACUAACAGGUCUGUGAGAGCUGGAAUUCUUACUGGUUGGUAGGUGAUCAAAUACUUAUGUCAUGCAAUAAAAUGCAAAUUAAUUACUUAAAAAUCAUACAAUGUGAUUUUCUGGAUCUUUGUUUUAGAUUCCGUCUCUCACAGUUGAAGUGUACCUAUGAUAAAAAUUACAGACCUCUACAUGCUUUGUAAGUAGGAAAACCUGCAAAAUCGGCAGUGUAUCAAAUACUUGUUCUCCCCACUGUAUGUCUGUCCCUCAACACUGUUAUGUGAACUGAACUCUCGUUUUAAUAUGGUGACACUGUCUUUACAUUUUUUUUUUCUCCCAAAUUAACUUUGAACAUCUAAUAGUCAAAUCAUAGAGUAAAAACAGGUGAGCUGGUUCUACUCUUUUUGGCCAGUUAUUGUGGUGGAAAACUGAGAGGGUCGAGCAUAACAUGUCAACCCUGUUACCCAUAGACUAGAAAUGUAACAAGUAAUUUUUUUGUGUGAAGCUUGUAUUCAAUUGCCACUCCCUGUUGCACACAAGUUUUCGUGACAGUUUCCCUGUCACAAGUGGAUUUAUGGCAGAUUUUAAGAAAAACCCUGUUACUUUAUUUGGCACUUAAUAGGCACUUAAUAUAGUAAUUUAUUUUUAGAUGGGAAAAUGUGUUUUUUAUGAAGUUGAACAUGUGCUCUUUAUGACAGAAUGUUAAAAUUAGGUGAAAUCAAAAGUUGUUUGACUAAGUUACACUUAUCUAAAGGCACCAAAUUGGUGGAAAGACCCGUGUACAUUUUGAAACGCAUUUCAACAGUGAGAGAGUUAUAUAGAAAAAAAACAUGAAUUAGUUCUAUGGUAUUAGACAUGUAUGUAGGCUACUAUUUGGGACUGACUGGGCUAUUAUAUUCUAAUCGUUGUGGAUGAUGUAACAGAGCCUGUUUGUGUUCUUGCCUGGUGGGUGUUGGGCAAUAGGUGUUCAGGUGGAGCUAUGUUGUAACCAGUCUCUAACCCUGGAUCAUGUCUCUGGUCUGUGCUCUGCCAGUCAUGUGAUCCACUUCUCUGCUCCUGGCUAUGAGUAAACAGUUGCCUGCCACUCAGAACAACACUGACCUGCAGCCCCAUCAGCAAAGUCCUGCUCGUGUGUGGUGUGUGAGACCCAGAGGCGCCGCUGUGAGGGCCCAUUGUUAAGACGCAAAAUAAACACAGACCGGGACUGAAUGCAUUUCUCAGCACUUUUUCUCCCCCUCAUGAAUUUACACUCUAAUAUGGUUGCCCUUUAUCAGAGAUAAGGAAGUUUACCCUGACAUUAUUACCCUCACAGGUCAAAAAUCUUUAUGAAAUUACCAAGGAUGGGAAUCUGUAUUUACAUUUAUAAAUUGGUUAAUAAAAAAUUCUGGUUUUACACCGAUCCCACACCACCCACAUUGCAUGCGGGAGCUGUGCAGAAUAUUUUAAAGUUGACAUGUUAAUCAAUUAUUUCAUCCAAACUGCUCACAUGCGUCAGCGAGCAUUUGUGUUACCGAACACAUGUGGACGCACACACACGCGGCCGGUUUAGCCUGGUGUUAGGCGCAAUGAAUGUUGUACGACUACUAGCCUAACCAUUUUUUUUCUGUCUCCCUUCCUCCAGAUUAGCCAAGAUGGGGAACAUGUUUGCAGGCCUGUUUAAGAAUCUCUUUGGUAAAAAAGAGAUGAGGAUUCUGAUGGUGGGGCUGGAUGCUGCCGGCAAGACCACCAUCCUAUACAAGCUCAAACUGGGAGAGAUCGUCACCACAAUCCCUACCAUCGGUGAGUAGCCUAGCCUAGACUUAUCCACCUUACCUCUCUCGUCACACACUCCUCACGUCCCAGAAACAAAGCCCCCCUGAAAUGCUCCCUAUAGCUCCUCCAAUUCCUUGGUCCAGAUUGUGUUUUCAUGCUGUCUAGGCUCCUUUUUGUUUAGUUGUAGGGGAGUGGAAAUGAAUCUCAUAUAAGUACAGCCAUGUACUCCCUCUGUCCCCAUCUCCUCCUCAUCCUAGCCACUGGAUCACUGCUCAAUGCCCAAGGCCUAGAGUUUAAGAUUCUUGGACCCGCCCCUGACAUCAGCUGCAGCUCCUCUGGCUCAGUGAUAGGUUAAUAAGGAAUGGGGCUUUAAGCCCCCAACAUUCCCUUUACAUGAUGUUCUUUAGGAAGUACGGGCUGAUGACAUUUCAUAUUCCAGUAGAUGUUCAUUCACUUUGCAUAUUUUCUUCAAAUAUACAUUUUGAUUUGCAGCAGCAUUCAGGCAAAGACAUUUCAUGCAUACAUUUAUGAUGUUAAGGGAGUGACUUAGAUUGCCUGUUUGGGAUUGCUGAUAUCUCCUCUCACACAGCUUCUUGGAAUGUUAGUGUCUUAGGUCGCUGACGUAACUGAUCUUCCAUAUUGCCAUUUGUCUGUAAGUUUAAGUGGAUGUUACAGACAUAGCUUUCAGUACAGUUUUAAAACGUUGAGACUGUAGAAUACAAGAACAUCAGCUUUACAGUGUGGGAUGUGGGCGGUCAGGACAAGAUCAGGCCUCUGUGGCGGCACUACUUCCAGAACACCCAAGGUGAGUGGACACUGUCACCAGAACCCCCUCAGCACCAUCUUCAUUCUUUCUGACUUUUUGAGUUGGGACUGUCCCGGGUAAAUGUUCCUAUUUUCCUCACCCUCUGUCCUUUCUCUCCCUCUGCUUGUCAGGUCUGAUCUUUGUGGUGGACAGUAAUGAUAGGGAGAGAGUGAACGAGGCGCGGGAGGAGCUGACAAGAUGCUGGCUGAGGACGAGCUGAGGGACGCCGUGCUGCUUGUGUUCGCUAACAAACAGGUGAACUGACUAACUGGGGAGAGACACUAGGGCAUCGGGAAAACAGUAGGUUUUUUACCUGCUACAAUGGACGUGUAAAUUUAGCUUGACGCGUAAAAUGUGAGCCACUUAAAUCAAGUGUUCUUGGCAUGAGCCUUGCAUCAAAUUCUUUAAAAUAAAUGUUACACUGAGCAGAGUGAGAAUCUAACAAACAGGUUAGCCCACAACACUAAGGUUGCGUUUACACAGGCAGACCAAUUUUGAUAAUUUUUCCACUAAUUGGUCUUUUGACCAAUCAGAUCAGAUAUUUUGACACUAAUUGUGCAAAAGAUCAGAAUUGGGCUGCCUGUGUUAACGCAGCCCAAGAUAUCACUAGUAAACUGCAUCUGGAAUUGGUAGUACAGUAUUGUUAUUCAUAUGGUUUGCAGAUACUAGUAGUUAAACUCAAGGUCAUACAAUGGACUCCCUCUAUACUAAGAUGGCUUGUGAAGGUCUUUUGCAGAUGCAUGUUUUCCUGGGUUAACCCUUUUCUGUCCAUCUCUCCACUCUUCAGGACCUCCCCAACGCUAUGAACGCAGCGGAGAUCACAGACAAGCUGGGCCUGCACUCCCUGCGCCAGCGUAACUGGUACAUCCAGGCCACCUGCGCUACCAGCGGGGACGGUCUCUACGAGGGCCUCGACUGGCUCUCCAACCAGCUGAAGAACGCAAAAUGAUCCACCAUUCCACCGUCUGUCUGCCGUCUGCGUCUUUGUCUGCGCAGUGUGUUAUGGGCGACAGCGCUGGUCCCAGCCCCCUCUCUCUCCUCCCGUCUCUCUCACUCCAUCUCCUCGAACCAUUGGGGCUUUGACCAGUGCUACCCCGCAUAUGCGUGUGACUGCAAGUGUUUGGGUGGUUCUUAAUGUGUAUGUGUGGGUGCAUGUGUGUGAGCCGGGAGUGGGAGCAGCCCUGCUGUGCCUUCAAAAGAGUCACUCUCACCUGUGGAAAUGACAGCAUGGCUAACUCUCUAGCACCUCCUCCCAUCCCUCCCCUCCUGCCCCACCCUCAGCGGCUCUUAAGACACCCUGGUUUUCACAAGGCAAAGAAAGACCCAGGAUGCUAAGUCUUAUGUGUAAUCUGAAAAAUGAAUAAAGUUUAUAGUUUAAAAACAAAAAACGUUGAUUUUACAUCCACUAGUGUUGCGAUCUGUAAGACUCUUGUUAAACUGUUGGUUUGAGACCCCACACCAUGAAAUACAUCUCUAUGUAACCUGUAUCAGGUUGGAAAAAAAGACAAAUAAAAAGAGCUUUUCCAUCCUAGAUCCUUCUUUGCUUUAUUUGGGAAAUCAUGCUGUUUUGUUCUAGUAUGCCCAACUGCGUAGUUCAGGCUGUCUUGUGAACACUAGCUAAUAAAUUAUUAGCUAGCAUUCAGUCCCUCUCCUAACCCUCAGAAACCUCAAUUGAAGCACGACAUAUUAGUGAUGUCACCAUGCCCCUCGUCCACUCGGUUUUGUUGUUGAGAAGCGUAUCCACCUUAGUCUGAACGACGGUGGUGCUUGAUAAGACCUGCAGGACUUUAGGGUCAGCUGUUUGGUAGGCAUUACUGACUGAAAUGAGUUGAUACUAUUGUUUUCGGUUUAUUAGAAUGGAGACUGACUUUACAUGCUGUCUCCAUGUAAAUAAGUUGUUGAUCUAAAGGUAACCAUGGUAACCAGCUGCUGACCCUGCUGCCCUUAAGUGAUGGCCUCUUUAUCACGCUGCAUCUUUAUUGGUGUCUAACAACACUCCUUUCACAGGGCCUUGUGAGAUCAUUGAUUAUGUUUUGAUUGAGUGAACGAUCCUUACCGCCGGGUAUGGAAAACGCAAUAAAUUGUGUGUGUGUGUGAUUGUGUAGUAGGACACUACUACCUAUGCUAGGCAGAGGGUCAGUGUAGCUAGCCACAGCUUUGCGAGUACAAUGGGUGAGUGUACAUGGGAUUGGUCGGGUGUUUUCGGCACCAUUCCUGUCCACUGGAACAGCGAGGUCUUUUGAGAGUUGCUCCCACUCUGGCUUUCUCCUCAUUACAUUUUCUGUUGUCUACUUUUUUCUUUUUAUUAUAUUUUUAUUUACAUUUUUCUUUUUUGUACAGAUUACCUGGUUCCCUUUGUCUAGCAUGAUCUGAGGAGCCAGGUGUGCAGUGUUUCAAUCAAAAUGCUUUAGGUUUGACUUAUGAAGGGCUGGUUGUGUUUGGGUUAGCUUUUAGGAUGUUGGCUGCAGAGUUGGGCUUUCCUGCAGGGCAUGGGGAGUGCCUGAUGUGUCACUUCCAGCAGAGGAGGCUGGAGGGAGGAGCUAUAGGAGGAUGGGCUCAUUGUAAUGACUGGAAUGGAGAUAAA